AUGGUCAGCACUUUCAGCGACGGCGCCGUCAACGAAACUGAUUGGCUUCACUGGAAAAAUGUUGAAUUCGGCGGACAAGUCUACUUCAUUCCGAACAUUGGCGAGAAGACGGCAGGUUACUACACUUCUGACCCCGGCUGGUGGGCGUAUUGGGGUCCACCAAUCGAUGGCGUAUUUGGAUGGGAGUCUGCUUGGCCGGUGGAAGGAGCAACGAAUCAAGCUGACGUGAGUAUCGACAACCAGGUCAUGGGAGGAUCUUCGAAGUACCCAAAUGGCACAGUCGGACAUGGCAAAACGUACAUGAUAGGGUUGAGCUUGCUCCAGUACAAAAACGCGUACAACACCAACCUCUAUCACGCGGGCGAGCUUAACCUCCCAAAACGCAUGGCGAACAUCAUUAGUAUGCCACAUGUGCCCGACUUUGUUCAGAUCCAGACAUGGAAUGACGGCCCCGAAGGCCACUAUAUAGGCUCGAUAUGGGACGAACAAUCCGAUUACAAGCAGACUCUGUCCACCUCUUACUGCCCCAAUGAGAAUUACGGAUUCUACGAUACUAAGAUUGCCGGGUACUCGUCAGGCGCGGAUCAGGUAAACUACGCUAUUAGCGUACCCAGCAGCUCCACGGGACUGAAGGUCCGAUAUAAUUCGGGUACUACUCAAAACUUGAAACCUGGCCUCAAUUACGGGUCGUUCCCAAUUUCCACUGGAGGGCAGACUUUGGAAGUCAUUGAUGGAAGUAGCAAAGUCAUUGUCGGAGGUACAGGAACGUAUUGUGUUAGCGGGAACUGUCCAGAAGGCUUCUACAACUACAAUCCUCAAAUGGUCGGGCUCACUGUUGGUGGUGCUACCAAUAGUGCUUGCCAUCAAGCGGGCUCACAAAGUGUAACAUCACCUGGAGAGUUCUUCGAGGUUUAUGAGCCCGAUUGUUCAGGCGACCAAAUAGAGUGGGCAUGCGUGACCUGCAACGAUGCGACAGUGAACGAUCCUACGAAGGAUCCAUUUGAUCGGUGGAAGGCCUCGUAUGCGGACGAUUUCUGGCUACAGGCAUCCGAUUGGUAUUACCAAGAUUACAGACACAACAACCCGGAGCUUGGCCUUUUGAGAGGCAACAGGGCUGCCGCUGUUAUCUGGAAAUUCGGAGGGACCAAUGCCCCACAGCAGAUGGGCGAUUGUGCGCUGGUUGACGACGGCCAGUGUCCUGGUCUCAAAUGUGGAGACCUUACGGCUCCGGCUGUGCAAGCAUGUUUUGGCCGCUUGGUCGAACCUAACCUGCACAAUUAUUUUAAUAAGCAGUAUGAUGUGCUUACUCAUGUCAGUUUGAGCCUAUCGCUCACAGUGGGCGAUUUUCAACAGGGUUUCGCACCGGCAAAGAAAGAGGACGACGUGUUUGCAAAGUUACAGCAGGUGAUGAGCUACCUAGGCAUUUGCAUCGGCGUGGCUAGCUCCGAGCUGUGGUCAAAGGUUAUUGAAGACCCGAAAAUGUGGAAAGAGCUCGCAGAGGACGGGAAGAAGGCAGAAACAAUCCAUACAGGGGUGGACACUCUGAUCCAGACCGCAGAAAAAGGCGACGUAGCAAACAUCGAGGCGCUCGACAAACUUCUCGACAAACUCACCGACUACAUCCAGAUGAAUCUCAACAGCACACUGAAGUACCUCUUCGGCGGCGAUCAAGAUAACAAUGUCGCCAUGGUAUCCGUGCUGAAAGGUGGGCAAUGGCUCGCCAACAGCGGUGACUCCGAUGCGCCGUUCCAGGCGCUGAAGGGGAUUGAGCAACUCAAUGGCACAAUAUGGGGGAAGCUUACCAAGGAAGAUAUUGCUAUAUCCUCUUACAUGGGCUACCAGCUCAAUGGCAACAAGAAUGGCUAUACCGUGAGCACGGACGCGACUUCAUACUUCACUGACGGCGCAGGCACAAAAGGUCUGUACCCGUUCACGGCGGGGUUGCGGACACCGGGGUACUAUUCGUAUCCUAUCUGCGGAACGAACGAGGCAUAUAGGAACUGA